CUUUUAACAGCUCUGCUUUUCUUUUUGCCUACGUUUUGCACGAAUUUCGCUCAGCUGAUGCCUGAUAAAAACAAAAAUGCCGGAAGAAAGUUUAGAGCCCCAAAUAAAAUUGCAAAAAAUUGGAGAUGCCAAGCAGCAAACAGAAAAUGAAUCCGGAAUCGAAACAAAACCGCGAGGACCUGGAGAAACGCCUGCAACCCCACUGAGUAAGAAUCAAUUGAAGAAACAGAAAAGAUUGGAAAAAUACGAAGAGCUAAAAAAAGUCCGACGCCUGAAAGAGCGUGAAAGGCAGAAACUAAAGCGUCUUGAAGCACAUGCUCAAGGAUUACCAGCACGUGUUGGACCGUCUCGAAAAGAGUUAAAGAAACGUCAACUUCAGUGCACUGAGCAGCAGUCGGGUAAGCUUUGUGUUGCUAUAGAUUUGGACUACGACGAUUUGAUGCAUGAUCGCGACGUGUCGAAAUGUAUCAAACAGUGCCUACGCAUUUAUACGAUUAACCGUCGUUCCAAAUGCCCAGGUCAUCUGCAUAUCACCGGCAUCAAAACUGACGGGCGAAUUCAUAGUAGCCUUAAACGAAAUGAUGGCUGGGAGAAUUGGCAUUUAAAAUACCAUUUCAACCAAACGCACAAUGAUGUCUUCCCAAAGGAGAAGAUAGUGUAUCUCACUUGUGAAUCUGACACUGUGCUAGAUCGUAUUGAAGGAGAUUUUGUGUAUGUGAUUGGAGGUUUGGUUGAUCAUAAUCAUCAUAAGGGCCUAUGCCAUAAAAGAGCAACUGAAAUCGGACUGCGUACCGCGCGAUUACCGCUGAGCGAACACGUUAAUAUGAAAACACGUGCGGUGCUAAGCACAUUUCAUGUUUUUGAAAUACUGAUGCGUGUUACUGAAGGGAAGUCUUGGACAGAUGCUAUAAUGGAAACUUUACCUGUACGAAAGGGUGCUAAACCUAAAGUAAAUACUGAUUCAUCUGCAGAAAAUCAACUCAAAGGGAAUGAAGAAAUAAAUUCAAAUGAGCAGAUUUUAUUAAAGGAUCAGGAAUAAAAAAUUCAACCUCCUGGACCAAAUAUAAAAAUACAUUUUUUUAUAAUUUCAGGAAA